AGUAGUAAACAAUGAACUUGACAGAGUCGUAUGGGCCAUUUUUUAACUGACAAUCCAGCUAAUAAGAACUUAAUAAAGAUUAGCUAUAUAUACAGAUUGUUUCUGACAUCAAACCUCACACAAAUCUUUUAAUUUCAGUUUUUCUUUUUGAUCCAAAAACCAAAUAAAAUCCCUCCCCCCUCCCCCUUUAUUUGUCUUGACGUCUUCUUUCCUGGGUUUAAAUCUGUUGUUGCUCUGGUGACUGAUCAUCGCCGGUUGUAUUCGGUUGCACACCAAUGGGAGACAAGUAUUUGCAGCAGUUCUUGGAUGAAACCACUUGGUACAAUCACAUUGUUUUGGGAUACCUUUUGCCUACAAAUCUAUGGUACCCACUUCCCCAUUUCUUGCAGACAUGGCUACGAAACUACCUUGCUGGGACUUUGCUUUACCUCAUCUCUGGUUUCCUUUGGUGCUUCUAUAUUUACUACUUGAAACGCAAUGUCUAUGUUCCCAAAGAUGCUAUCCCCACAAAUAAAGCCAUGCUCUUGCAAAUUUAUGUUGCUAUGAAGGCCAUGCCAUGGUACUGUGCUCUUCCAUCUCUUUCCGAAUACAUGAUUGAAAAUGGCUGGACAAAAUGUUAUGAUAGAGUAGGUGAGGUCGGCUGGCUUCCACACUUACUAUAUUUGUCUCUUUAUCUCGUAUUUGUGGAGUUUGGGAUUUACUGGAUGCACAGAGAAUUGCAUGAUAUAAAACCAUUAUACAAGUACCUUCAUGCAACUCAUCACAUCUACAACAAGCAGAAUACACUUUCUCCAUUUGCUGGUUUGGCUUUUCACCCAGUGGACGGAAUACUGCAGGCAGUACCUCAUGUUAUAGCACUCUUCAUUAUACCAACUCAUUUUACAACACAUGUCGGACUGCUGUUCCUCGAGGCCAUCUGGACGGCAAACAUUCAUGAUUGCAUCCAUGGCAAACUAUGGCCUGUGAUGGGUGCUGGGUACCACACUAUUCACCACACUACGUAUCGCCAUAACUAUGGCCAUUACACCAUUUGGAUGGAUUGGAUGCUUGGAACCCUACGUGACCCUAGUGACGAAGAAGGCAAGAAGGUCACGUAAUUCCCUUCGUGCUCAUCUUGACAUUUCCUGUUUUUGUCGUUUUAGAUUCUCUCUUUUUUUGAAUAGGUCCGCAUGUUAAUGGAGUCUGAGUUGUUGUCGUAGCCUGGUCGUAGGUUUUUUAAAUUAUCCUCCACUGCAAACAUUGUUCUGCUUUAAGCUACAUUGGUGUUUAUUAUGGGAGCUCGGAUCUCCUGUUUUCUUGAGUUUUAAAUCUAGAUGUUGCUUUUUGGAACUUGUAACUCCAAUAGUCCCAGCCAGUAUUUAAUUAGCAAUGUCCUUGGAAUUUGUGGGGGCACAACCCAUAUGUAAUAUUUCUCUCCUAAUUGGAGAUUAUGUUAGCCACAACAAAAGGUUCUACUUGGAAUCUAAUGAACAUCAAAUUUUUACUUGGAUAGAAA